UGUCGGGCGGUUGUCUAUGAGAAGAUCAGCUGUUCACGAGACGCGGCGAUGUCCGAUCACCCAGAUAUUGUUGCACGCAGGCUCAGGCGGCAGACAGGUUGCAGAUAGGCAGUGUGAACACGACGGUCACCAUGGACAACCAGCUGAUUUUCUGUUUGCAUCGUAAAGGGAUAUAUCAAGUGCAGUCACAUCCAAAGCGUGCCGAAAAGUCAUACAAGCGCUCAAGACACAGCCGCCCUUCAGGAGGUCAUCCGCAUAGCUAGGUCGAUACAGAAGAGGCACAUCGUCUAUCCUCACCAUGUCAACAAGUGCUUCAACACGAGUGGGCGACACGCUCGACAUUGUCGAAAACAUCAUCGCCGAGGGAGACUUUUCCUCCAGCGAACUUGUCAACUGCCUGCUGACAUCUUCGACCUUCUUUUAAGCUACUGGUCCGGUGCUGUACCACACCCUCCCCAUCUCCCACGAUUGCAACCCUCUCAUGGGCGCUUCUACGCCCUACUACCAACACCCGCCUCGCUCCCGUCGCCGUACCGCAAAGACAAUCUUCUCCUCAAUGUCCGCAGGGUCUACCUCGAGUAUACCCAAAUUGUUCCAGGAUAUACCGACGCCUACUGGGAUGUCAACCACAAAUGCCUCCCCCUCCCCAACGUUGAAGCCGUCAUCGUCCAGACACUUCCCUGCAACCCUCUCUGCUCUCAAUUGUCUCUGCCUUCAUGGCCCUUUGUCGCGAGGCUGUGCCAUAAGGCCACGCGCGCUUAUAUAGGGCCGUACGACUAUAGCUACACGUCCCCGGGCAACUAUCGAAUCUACCUCCCUCCCCUGCCCAACCUCUACACAAUCUAUAUGUCUGUCCCUCUCGACGAAAUCGACAGCGCCACCUGCUUUCUUCGACGCUACCUCGAUUAUCAACGUGUUGCCAUUUUUGAAGAACUGCAUAUCUAUCUCCGGGACGAUAUCACUUUCGUCAACGAUCCCCUCUCUCUCGACCCCUCCUAUACCAGCUUCGGGGCAGCCAAUCUCGAGUCGCUGAGGAUGCAGAUGAUGUGCAACAUUCUCCCCGAGUUCUGGAGAAAGAAACUAGCAGGAUUCUUGGAACAGUGCGGGUACUGGAGCUGGGAUAAGGGCGUACAUUUGUACGGUCUUCACGAGACGCUGGCUCGGUACGAGUCUGCUACCAGCGUUGGCGGGCGAUUCCGAUCCUCAGAAGAAGAUGCAUUCAUCACCACCCCUAUCCAAAACGGCGCGAGAGGUCGAAAAACUACACAAGGCGCCGACGCUACUUCUCUUCCUGCUCAGACUACGCCUAUCACCUUCCACUCUGCUACCGAGCACUACGACAAGAAUUGGACGGGUAUGUGGGCGCCGGGGGAAGAGCGGUACUAUGCAUAUAUCGUCAAGCCUGGAGAGGAGAUGAAGGUUUUGAGGGAGGAAGCGGCGGAAGAAACGGGUCAUCCUGUUGAGACGUUCCUCACCCUCUCCUGCGCUGAGCUGCAGCAAGUUGUCGAGCUUUGGAAGAACCCACCAGUGAGAGAGAGAGAAUUUUGCUGCCAAAGUAAAGGGAAGACAUAUUGUGGGAAAAGGUGAUGUAUCCCACAAACCCCAUCUCGGAUAGCGAAUGUAGCUCGGACAGAGAGGCUAGCGAUGAUGACUUAUGAAGCCUUGGGAUGAAUGGGAAGUAGUAUUGGACUUUAUAACACGGGCGGAGGACUUGAAGGGAGAGGAGAAUGAUUUGGACUAUGAGGGGUACGAGAUGGAGGAUUUUGAUGAAGAGUAUGUUGAGGAUGAACGGAAUAGGAGGAUGGGCGCAGGGCAAGUGUAUCUAGAGGGUGUUGUGUUUUGUAACGAGGAUGUAUUUUCACCUUCGC